AUGUCAUCCCUCGCUCGACCAGCUGCUCAUGCGGCUCGACGAGCUCCCCGACGAGCCCAACCCGAUAACACCCUUUUCCGAAACUCGACUCCUCCACCUCAUCUCCUCACUCUCGCAGACCUCUCACCAGCCCAGAUCAAGACACUGAUCCAGAAUGCAUUGGCUAUGAAGUAUGUCAGCAAGCAUCGAUCUCCGAAAGCUCUCAUCUCGAGUUUGGACAAGAGGACAAUCGCUAUGAUCUUCAGUAAACGAUCAACCAGGACUCGAGUCGCUUCUGAAACUUCUGUUCAAGCACUAGGUGGACACCCCAUGUUCUUAGGUAAAGAUGAUAUCCAAUUAGGUGUGAAUGAGACAUUGGAGGAUACUGCUAGGGUUGUAGGUAGUAUGGUGGAUGGUAUCAUGGCCAGAGUAGGAGGACAUCAUGAGGUUGAGACACUUGCCAAAUACUCACCCGUACCAAUAAUCAACGCUCUCUCAGACUUGUACCACCCCACUCAGAUCCUCGCCGACAUCAUGGCGUUACACGAACAUUACGCCCCGGCACCCAACCCACCUGAAAAGGCAGCCGAGGGUGAGGGAACUCAUACCUCCAUCUUGAAGUACUUCCAAUCUACUGUUGACCCACUCAAGACUCUCAAAGGCAAGAAAGUGGCCUGGGUAGGGGAUAGUAAUAACAUCUCGAACGAGUUGUUGGUCACCCUCCCUAGAUUAGGUAUGGAAUUCAGUUUGGCUGCGCCAAAGGGUUAUGAUAAGGUUGAUGAGAGAGUUUGGGCGAGGGUGAUCGAAGCAGGUACGCAAUCCCUCGUGAAACUCACCAACACUCCCUCCGAAGCCCUUGUGAACGCCGACGUCGUAGUCACCGAUACCUGGAUCUCAAUGGGUCAAGAACAAGAAAAGGUUGAACGUCUAAAAGCUUUCGAGGGAUAUCAAAUCACCAAUAAGAUGGUCAACGAUGCCGGUGCGAAAGAAGACUGGAGGUUCUUGCAUUGUCUACCAAGGAAACAGGAAGAAGUGGAUGAUGAGGUAUUUUAUGGACCUAGGAGUUUGGUUUUCCCAGAGGCUGAGAAUAGGAAAUGGACAAUCAUGGCUUGUUUUGAGUGA